GACACAUUGAUACCGCCUUUUUAUCGACUUGGCCAGGCCAGGUCAGAAGAGGCGACCCGUCGUUCGCUACAUAUUGGUCCCAGAUACCUAUCAUCCGCUAGAAAGCCACAGUACCUAUCCUCCACCCCAACAAUCGACUUACAAGCGGGGUAGCACACCGCUAUGUAGGCUCUCCCUCUCGGCGGCAGAAGUUCGGAUUCCUGAAUCUCGCCUGCUAACAGCUCGUAGCAAGACCAGCUAAAGAUUACGGAAUUCCAAUCCCGCCUUCUCUCGACGCACUAUCCUCCUAGAAGCCCCUAGGCUUUCGCCUCCCGGGAGGUUUCCGCUACGUACGUAGUAGUACUGCCCGGCUUAAAUACAUGGCUAUCGAACCGAUGUCUCGUUGUCUCCUUGUCGGCGGCCCGUCCUUUGGGGGCAGCCGUCGACCAGCUCCUGCGGAAUUCUGGCAAUUUCACGUUCCGCAGGUUCUUUGGCCGUUCGCACCAUCUCAAUCCUCUGAUCCCGGAUCUCGGAUGAGGGGAAGCAGCGCCUUGCGAUUGCAUUUUCGAUCAUCCCAUCACAUCGGUACCGAAGAUGUGGAGAUUUGCGGAACAGCCAGUGUGGUGGGGAACCCCAAAGGAAUAGGCCUAGUUGAAACAUUUUUGCCCACACCUGCGGCAUUCGGUCCAUUCCGACGCAGCUUUAUAUCGAUGAUGCCGAGCACUUUUCGAAGGGGGCGGCUUUUCAUGGAGGCGCGUGGCACCUGCUCCGAUUACACGCCAUUCGGCGUUCCCCGAGAUGUUCUGUCGUUCCGUCGAUCCGAUAUCCGAGCGUACCGGGCUGAACCGAGCGUCCCCGGGAUGGCGUCUGAUCGCUGCUUGUCCUCGAACCUCCUCAUGGCGUUAUUUUGCUACAUCCGAUAUGCAUUCAUGUCGAUGAGGUCCGAAUGGUCUUCGACCGUUUCAUGUGCAAACCACCUUGAUCGUUGGAAACGGUUGGAGAUAUCUAGCUCCACCCGAUCUGGCUAUUCUCUGUCGACUGCGAGUGCGAAGGAAAAUUUGACGAUUCUCGAUUUCGAUCCGACUUUCGGCAGUUUCAUACCUUGAUAAAACGACAAUCUCUCGACCCCUUGUCACUCACAAUGACAAUCGACACUCUCUUGAUGCCGCUCGACAACCAAAGGGUUGACCUUCGAAUGGUGUUUACAAGCAUCCUUCAACUGAGUCUUCAAACCGUCGAUGAAGAACUUUGGUUUUUAGUCCUGGCCCCCAGCACUUCGGUGCGAUUACGCUCCUUUUUAUCUUGGCCCUUCUGAUACAGUCCGCGGAUUAUUUGUUUGAACCUUUAAUCUUUUCAUCCUCUCAGACCCUAGGAUUCCCUUCCUACAGUCUAAUCCCACGACACAGUUUCGAUCGAUGGACCAGUACGAAUUCUCCGUCACACCUCCUUCUCC